AACUUGUGCUCUCAUAGCAACCUCUCCAUUCAUUGAUCCUCUUUUAUUUCUUUUCUCGAUUUGAGUAGAAGAAUGACUGCAAAAACUGAAGAUAAUCUGAAAGAAUAUACAAGAAGUCAAGUGGAACAACAUUGCACUCACGAUGAUCUGUGGCUUUUGUUCAGAGACAAGGUUUAUAAUAUGACUCCAUAUUUCAACCAACACCCUGGAGGAUUAGCAAUUCUUCGAUAUGCAGGAAAGGACGUAACAACAGUUCUACCAUUUGUUGUAUCUCAUGGCAUUGCUUGGAAAAUCGUGGAACAAAAACUUCAAGAGCAUUUGAUUGGCAAAUUGAAGGAAUAAUUUACUACAUAUAUUAAACAAUUGAACGUUCAGUUUCAAAAUCAUAAAGUUAUAUGACUAUUUUGUUGAAGAUGCACAUGAUCACACGCAAUAGCUCUUGACUUGCAAUAAAUCA